GCGGGUACGAGCACUGCUGCGGAUUACACCGGCCAGGAACGGACAGGAGAGUCGGGAGCGCCGCUGUCCGCCAAUCCUCCCAAGUAAAGAACUACUUUUACACGGUAGUCUCGACAGGAAAGUUUACGGGAAUUUAACCUCACCCGGGCCAAUUUAAGUGCGUGUUCUUUUCUCCAAGGACUGUCUCACGCCAGGAGAGAAGCUCUGCUCAGGAAGCCAUGCUAAUAAAUAUGUUCCUCUUGCGGUGAGUUGCUUCGUGGACAGUCAGAGGCACCAUGGCAGAACUGCCUAUUGCCCCGGGCCAGGUCUACAUCGAGGUGGAGUACGACUAUGAAUACAAGUCCAAAGACCGCCUCAUUGCCAUCCGCCAGGGGGAAUGCUACAUGCUGGUCAAAAAAACCAACAACGACUGGUGGCAGGUGAAGAAGGAGGUGGAUACUAAAGCUUUCUAUGUACCUGCUCAGUAUGUCAGAGAAGUCCGCAAAGCCCUCAUGCCACCUCCUAAACCUCUCCCCCAUCCUCCGGCUGCCUCUGGAAACACACAUACGCAAAGUGGGGCACAGUGGGUAAAGCCAACCAGUCUGGAGCUGGGACUCCACGACCGGCCCGCUGAGAACCUUCACAGACAUGAGUCCAACUAUCAGCGCUCACCCUCGGCACAAACCGCUUCUUCUGGGCACUUCAGUCCCCCCAGUCAGCGCAGGAACAGUAACCACCAUCAGGCCCCAACCACUCCCACCGAGCACGAGCGAGCUCUGCCUGAAAUCCUUGUCUCCGGUGGAGGCCCUCAGCCAGCCUACAAAGGAGGGUCCAGCACUCUACCCCGAAACCGAGCUCGAUCCCCAGAGUUGAACGUGGACAGCACCCAACACUGUGACUCUGCAGGUGAAGAGAGACGCACCAACGACUCUGAGUCGGGAGACGAACUGAGCAGCAGUUCCACAGAACAUCUGCAGACUGUAUCUUCGUCAGGCCAGGGCCGCUCCGAGUCUCCUGUCUACACCAACCUCCAGGAACUGAAGAUCACCCAGACCAACCUGCCCCCUUUCCCCUCCGGCUCCCCGAUCCACGUGCUCGGCGACUGGGAGACCUACAAGGACCAGAAUGGCAGGCACUUCUACUAUAACCGCUCCACCCAGGAGAGGACCUGGAAGCCACCCCGAGCCAGAGACACCAGCAUCGGGAGCUCCAGAGGAGAGAGCCACAGCGUGGGAGAGAGCUCCGAGCUUGGUGACUCAGAUCUCCCCUCCUGUCUGAAUGUCAGAGACGAGAACACUCCUCUCUCGCUCUCGCCAUCUUUCCUUCCUUUCCUCUCACUCUCCAUCGGUCGACUCCAGCCUCUGUCGUCGGAGGACACCUGCUUCAGUACCUACUCUAGCCAGUCAGACAGUCAGUAUGGCUCGCCGCCGCGCGGCUGGUCGGAGGAGAUGGACGAGCAAGGCCACACGCUGUACAUUAGUGACUAUACUAAUGAGAAGUGGUUAAAACAUGUUGAUGACCAGGGCAGACCCUAUUACUACAGUGCAGAUGGUUCAAGGUCAGAAUGGGAACUGCCAAAGUACAACCUCUCCCCCCCCAAACCGUCUGGAGACGCUCCAAAGAGUCGCAGUCUGGACAGGAAACACGUGGAUCCCAUCGUCCUGACCAAGUGGAGACACAGCGCCUACGUCCACGAUCCCAUUGACAAGUGGCUGUUAAAAACCAGGCGUUUCCGCACAGGCUCUGCCCGCCUACACCCGUACAAACACCAAGACGCUCCUCCGGGCCCCAAGCCCCCCUCUCCUGACACUGACUCCUGCCCUCCGUCUCCUAAGCCCCCUUCCUCUCCUUCUGAAAGAUGUGGCAUUCUGAAUGUGACAAAGAUCACAGAGUACGGCAAGAAAGUACGGAAGAACUGGACUUCUUCCUGGACUGUGCUCCAAGGAUCCACGUUGCUGUUUGCCAAAGGCCAAGGAGGCGGGACGAGUUGGUUUGGAGGCGGUCAGUCCAAACCAGAGUUUACUGUGGAUCUGAGGGGCGGCUCGGUGGAAUGGGCAUCCAAGGACAAGUCCAGCAAGAAGCACGUUAUAGAGCUGAAGACUCGGCAGGGCACAGAGCUGCUGAUCCAGUCAGACAACGAAGGCACAGCCACUGAGUGGUUCCGCGCGCUGCAGGACACCAUCAGCACCCAUGCCUGGGAGUCUGAUGAGGCCAUUGAAGAGGACAUGCCGGAAUCGCCUGGUGCAGAGAAACAUGACAAAGAGAAGGAACACAGAGAUUCAAAGAAAGGCAGAGCCUUGAAGACCUCCGUCAGCACGGACUGCUCCGACAACAAGAAGACCAAACACAAGCUGAAGAAGUUCCUGACCCGCCGUCCCACCCUGCAGGCCGUCAGAGACAAGGGAUACAUCAAAGAUCAGGUGUUCGGCUGCAGUCUGUCCAGUUUGUGUAGCAAGGAGAACAGCACAGUGCCGGGCUUCGUCAAGAUGUGUAUCGACCACGUGGAGAACAAUGGUUUGAGUGUAGACGGGCUGUACAGAGUAAGCGGGAACCUGGCUGUCAUACAAAAACUACGCUUUGCUGUCAAUCACGAUGAGAAGGUGAACCUGGCAGACGGGAAGUGGGAGGACAUCCACGUGACCUCCGGAGCUUUAAAGAUGUACUUCAGAGAGCUGCCGGAGCCCCUCUUCACCUACACUUACUUCAACGACUUUGUCAACGCCAUCAAGAGUCCAGACUACAAGCAACGAGUUCAGUCCAUCAAAGAGCUGGUCCGACAGCUGCCCAAGCCCAACCACGACACCAUGCAGGCUCUCUUCAAACACCUCAGGAAGGUGAUCGACCACGGCGAGGAAAACCGUAUGACCACCCAGAGCGUGGCCAUCGUGUUCGGCCCCACACUGCUGCGGCCUGAAACGGAGACCUUCAACAUGGCCAUCCACAUGGUCUACCAGAACCAGAUAGUGGAACUAAUACUGCUGGAGUACGAGAACAUUUUCGGCAGGUAGAACUAGACGCCGGAGGAUGAGCCUCUGUUUCUUUUUCCCCCCCUCUCUCUCUUUCUGUCCCCCAACGCAGAGCUCUUCCUAACCCAGCAUGGCCCUGCCAAAAACAGCCGUGCCUGGCUUGGCCCGGUCCAAAUCCGGCCCUGGGCAGCUUCUCUUCUCAUCUCAAAAAUAACCUGCGGUCGCCAGCUUACAGCCUCCGGACCAAAGCCACACAAGCAUGUUGUGAACCAAAACAUAGCAAACUAGUGACCAAAAAGUUUAGACUCUUUGCACUUUUCAGUAUCUUAUUUUCUCCUGCAGCUGCAUUUGUGCCACUUUACUGCAAAGGUGAUGUCCUCCUGUCCCAACACUGGAUUCCUAAAACUACUUACAUGGGCCAAACAAGCCUCUAACUACUGCACAGACUGACUGAGACCAAAGGAGCCGCCUAGGAAUGAGCCUCAGUAGCCUCUAUUACAGAGGAGGAGUCAGUAUUGGAGCUGGAGGUGCACCCUGUAUGUACUGUACUGUAUAUCCUAUGACGUGUAUAGGCUCCUGUAUAGACCACACUGGGGAACCAACAGAAGACACCAAACUGCUGUACUUGGCCUUAGAUGUUUAGACACUAAGAAACAGAGUUAGAACAAGGAGAAGAAGGGAUGAUUUGGAGGUUUUUUUAUUUAGGGACUAUAUGUUAAAGAACAUUUUCUGCCCUUUCCUUUCAUUUACAUUUUCUUUAUUUUAUUAUGUUUUUCCCCUUCUAACGCUUUCCAUCACUCUGAAUCUGUUUCUCCCUUACUUUUUUCCCCCAUGCUGAAAUACUGGACCGGGGUCGUCUGAACACAUAAGAGGUUAACACUCUGUAAUAUAUAUCUGCACCUUCUCCAUUUGGCUUUAAGAACAAAUCCUCUUACAGUAGUCAGAACAUCAACUUGAAAAAAAAAAACCAUAACAAAAGGUACUUAAGCUGUGUCUUUCCUUGACUCGUGGAUAUUAAAUGUUCAGGCGAACAGCCUUUGAACGUGACUCCAUUGAUACAUCUGUACAGUGUUAAUGUGUAUGUAUGUGGAUGGAGGGGGUGGAUGUAUGAAUGGAUUUCAUGACAAUAUAUAUUGUACAAAAAGUAAAUACAAGUAUGUAUGCCUGGAGUGUUAAAUACAUGAUAUGAGGGAGAAAUCACUAUUUUGUGAUCAUUGUGUAACCAACAGAUGUGAGGAGUAGAGUUCUGCAAUGGUGAUGUGGAGGUUUACCUGUGUGUUAGGUAACUGGAAGAUUGUGAAUGUAGCUUUGGAGAGUAACUGUUGGCUUUAUCAAACUGGAAUAAAGACCUCUAACAAGAGAUAUUCCAAAGGA